UACCCAUUUAGCGCCUUUGCUCCUCGCCUCAAAUGCCCUUCCCAUCUCUCACUUCUUCUCACCUCACGUCGCCAUGGAUUUCUCCGCUAUCGCUUCCAAGCUUGGACUCCCAAGUUCCAAGCACCUGAUCCGUAAGGCCGACGAGCUUCGCCGCCUCUCCGACGUCCAAUUUCAUUCCUCCGUCAUCGGCGUCGGCGAGGUCACCAAGGCUAUCAUCUGUUUGGAGCUCGCGGCAUCGAGGUUUGACAUGGUAUUUGAUCGGCAAAGUGCAAUAAAGAUGAGUGGGAUGUCAGAAAAGGCUUACAUGAGAUCGCUUAAUGCCAUGCAGAAUGGAAUUGACAUCAAGCCAAGUUUGGAUGUUCGGCAGCUUGCUAUUCAGUUUGGUUGUGUUAGGCUCAUUCCAUUUGUACAGAAGGGUUUGUCUCUCUACAAGGACCGGUUUUUGGCAGUGCUCCCACCUUCUCGUCGAGCAACCACUAAUUUUAAUCGUCCAGUAUUUACAGCAGUUGCCUUCUAUUUGUGUGCUAAAAGACAUAAGCUGAAGGUUGACAAGAUGAGGUUGAUAGAGUUAUCUGGCACAUCUGAAACUGAGUUUUCUACUGUUUCAACUUCUAUGCGUGAUCUCUGCUUUGAUGUUUUUGGGAUUUCAAAGGAAAAGAAGGAUCCCAAACUUGUGAAGGGUCAUAGAGAGCUUUUAGAUGCCCUACCUAGCAAAAGGAGACAUGAUGAUGAAUGUGAUUCCUUUUCUGAUGAUUCUUCUUUAAACGAGCUGUCGAGCUACAAGAGGCACAAAAAGAUGGAGAAAGAAUCUUAUGAAAAAUGGAAGGUUUCGGUCAUUUCCUCUAACAAGAAAGAGAAGACAGCUUCCCUUAAGGGAAAGAAGCAAGCAAAGCUCAAUUUUACUGCAAAAUCUCCAACCUCUGUUACAUUAGAAGCCAUGUAAUCUAAGAAUCGUUUGUCACAUCUUGGAUGAUUAACAACAAGGCGAUUCAAUCAUAUCUUUUUGAUCAAAGCUUUUGAAGCUGCACCAGAACAAUCAUUUUAUUUGAGGGAGUUUGGUUUUUAUUUUAUAAAGAUGUAUUUUGGUUUCUAGCUUUCUGUGUUUCAACAAACUAUUUAUUUAUAUUCAAGAUGCAGUUUUUGUAUCA